AUAAAUCAAAUAAAAAGUCAAAAUUUUGUAGUUUACACUUUACAGAAACAUUUUAUGAAUUAACGGCCUACGAAAACCUUUUUGGAAGAAGCAUUAUGUCUGAUGAGGAAGUGAUCCGCCGGCGUUUACAAAUCGAUGGAGACGGAACUGGAGAUGACCGACGAUUAAAUGAUUUGUUAAAAACCUUCGUAAAAUGGUGUAAUUCGACUGAUAGCGCGGAGAACAGUCAAGCUAUUCAUGAUCGUCUUUUGGCACAACUUGCGCAGUGCGAAUUUGCUAUGAAAAAGUCGGACUUCUGUGCUAGUAUGAUGGAGCAGGAGCUGAAAAAUUACGCUGCCAUAUCUGAUACCAUAGAAACUGGCAUUGAGACGGCCAAAACACAAAUCGUUCAAAGUAAGCAGAAUUUAGUACUUGCGAAAAAAAUUCGAAAAAAUCGAAUGGAAUACGAUGUACUGGCUAAAAUAAUCAAUCAACAGCCGGAUAGAAAGAAUACUAUUAAGGAAUUGGAUUCGCUGAAGCAAGAAUUGAAUCAGUUGCAAGAAAAAAAGGCUUCACUCGAAAGGAAGCUAGGAACAAAGAAAAAAGAUUUCACCGUUUUGAUGAGGUCUAUCGUGGAACUGCAGAACAAAUUGGACAGCGUUGCAGAAGACAUUCAAGAUAUUGCUGACGAAAAAAUGUCUUGUGAUGAUGAACCUAUUAUUUUAACUGUCGAUGAUGUACCUAGCCCGGAGGGCAACGAUGUAGUCCUGUCCACCCCCGAAAAGACAUGUUAAAUUACUUUCAAACCUAAUAAAUAAAGAAUAAAUUGACAUAUGUUUGGCUUAGUAAAAUACGAAAAAUUAAAAAAGAAAAACUUACAAUGACGAGUGAUGCCUUUACUGAUAAAGUCUGGAAGUCGUGUGCGAAAUACGUAUCUGUCGUGAAUAAAAUUAAUAG